AGGGGAUUACACCUGUGAAGGUCAGACUUCAGUAACAGCGAGACUACCGACACGCUCGCAUCCACGUCUCCUCGGAGUCAAGGUCAAUGGCCAUCAUCAGAAAAUUGCAGUAUCGAUCCACGGGAUCGAUCAGUGUUUUGUUAGUUAUUAUAAUUUCAAUAGUGUUGUGUGGAAUUCCAAGCAGUUGUAGUCCACUUUCGGAAGUCAAUUCAGUGGACCUUGAGGAUGAGGGGAGGUCUCUGCCACUCGAUAGCUCAAUCAAUAUCAAAUCAAUACCAUCCAAUGGAUACAACCCGAAACGAAUGGACAAGUCGUCAUUCCAAAGGAGGCAGCUUCCCUGGUCUUCGAUCUGCGCUCGCCCUCGGGGAUUCUCUCUGUCGAAUCUCUUCGACACCGUUAUCGACGUAGUCUCCGACGGUUUCAGUUCCCUCGUGAACAACGUCAUAGGAGCAGAGUCAAAGACCGGAAAGGUUUCAAUGAGCAGAGUGAGUUAUAAGGGUCACCAGUUGCUGCGAAUUCAUCCGACCACUGACCGACAGGUCGAGGAAUUGCGGGAGAUGAGAGAUUCUGAAGCCGAGGAGAUCAAGUUCUGGACACAACCAUCUGAAAACAAAUCAACGGACAUCGUUGUGUCGCCUGAUAUCGUUGACGAUGUCAGGGAUUACCUGAGGGACAAGAAGAUUGACUUCAAGAUUCUCAUUCCGGAUCUGCAGAAGACCAUUGCCUACCAGAAUCCCAAGAUGUCGAAGGAGCAGCGAGAUGAUCUUGUUACAGUGCAGGGACAUUCCAUGACCUGGAAACGAUAUCAUCGAUUUGGGGAAAUAAUGAAAUACUUGGAAUACCUGGCAUUCACAUACCCAACGCUCGUGGAACUCGAAACAAUUGGCCACAGUUUCGAGGGUCAGCCCCUGAAAGUAGUAAAAGUCUCGACAGGACGCGGUAAAUCGGGGGCUGUCAAACCAACAGUGUGGAUCGAUGCAGGAAUGCAUGCCCGAGAGUGGAUAGGCCCGGCAGUUGCGACCUACAUCCUGAGCCAGUUGGUGGAGAAGAACUCGACGUAUGCGAAACUUCUCGACACAACGGACUGGCUGAUUCUGCCACUGGCCAAUCCAGACGGCUACGAGUACAGCCACACUGGGGACAGAUUAUGGAGAAAAACCCGGAGUACUCAUGCAGAUGAUAAUGAGACGAGCCGGUACACACCAGCGAGUCUAUUCCACUUUGUGACGCAUUAUACCCAGUGGCUGUGGGGCAAGUGCGAGGGCGUUGAUCCCAAUCGCAAUUUCGACUACCACUGGGGUGAGGACAGGAUCUACAGGAAAGGGGGUGCCAGUAGCGAUCCUUGCCACGAGACUUACGAGGGCCCGCAGGCCUUCUCCGAACCCGAGACCAAAGCCAUGGCUGAUUAUAUCAUGGCUAAUCGUCAUAACAUUAAACUGUACUUGACUCUCCACUCAUACAAUCAGAUGUGGCUGGUACCCUGGGGCCACACUCACACAAAACCCACGGAUUAUGCUGACCUCGCCAAAAUAGCACGAAAAGCUGCGAAAGCUAUUGCUAAGGUACACGGCACUGCGUACAAAGUUGGAUCGUCAGCAGAUUUGCUUUAUCCCACGACAGGUGCAUCAGACGAUUGGGCGAAAGGAGUUGCAGGUAUCAAAUACUCGUACACCCUGGAGCUCAGGGACAGAGGAACUUAUGGCUUUUUAUUGCCAGCCACUCAGAUAAUACCCACGGCUAGAGAGACAUGGGCUGGGGUCAGGGCUAUCGCUCGUAUGGUCUCGAAUGAAACCUGAGAUCGCUAUUCACCCCUUGAUAACUCUAGGUGAAUUAAUUCAAUCGUGGAUAUCCCACAUGCACAUACCUCAUCGCCAAUGAAUGCUCGAUUCGUCAAGUCUCGUAGAGAAAUGUGAAAUAUUCUGCAUUUUUUGUGAAAAUUAUUGUACCCCCUGUUAUUUAUUAUCGAUGGAUGAAUCAAUACGACGAAAUCAUAUGAAUCGUUCAAGACUUAAGACUGUACAUAAUCAAUAAACUUUAAUUGUUAUUUAA